UGAAAUAUGAUAAUUUUGUUUAUAUGCUAUGCUAGCUAGCUAGCGGAGUUUAUUUUUGCAUGUUAGGUUACCAUUAACUUUCCUCUCUUCACUGUCUCGCCACUGUAUCAAGAGAAAAUAGAAAACGCUCUGCAUGAAGGGCUGAUGGAAAACGCAAGAGAUUUGGCUGAACGGACUGUUCGUUCAGAAAGGAAGAGGCGGGACUCGUUUGGGAUGUUCGAUGGCUAUGACAGCUGCAGUGAGGAUUCUAGCAGUAGCUCGAGCUCUGAGGACAGUGAUGAAGAGGUGCCCUCCCUCCCUGCCAGCCUGCCCAUCAUCAAGACCAACGGCCAGGUCUACACCUACCCCGAUGGGAAGGCAGGAAUGGCCACCUGUGAGAUGUGUGGGAUGGUGGGAGUGAGAGAUGCUUUCUACUCCAAAACCAAGCGCUUCUGCAGUGUAUCCUGUUCAAGGAGCUACUCAUCCAACUCUAAAAAAGCCAGCAUACUGGCCAGAUUGCAGGGUAAACCACCAACGAAAAAAGCUAAAGUAUUACAGAAGCAGCCUCUCAUGGCGAAGUUGGCUGCCUAUGCCCAGUACCAAGCCAACCAACAGUACCAAGCCAACCAACAGAAUCAAGUCAAAUCAAAAACGGUGAUUCCUGUGAAAGGCUUUGAUUGGGGACGCUACAUAGGCACCGGCGACAUUAACGGGGCACCCGUCGGCUGUUUCAAACAUGUUCCCAUGGGAACUUCUUGGGGUGACCUUGCAGAAGGGGUGAGGGUAGAGGUGCCCAAUACAGACAGCGGCCUGCCAAUGAAAGUGUACUGGAUAGCAGGAGUUAUCAAAUUAGCAGGCUUUAAGGCACUGCUACGGUACGAGGGGUUUGAUGGUGACUCUGGCAGGGAUUUCUGGUGUAACAUCUGUGUCCCUGACAUCCACCCGGUGGGCUGGUGUGCAGCAGGAGGAAAGCCCCUGGUUCCUCCCAAGUCCAUUCAGCACAAGUGCACCAACUGGAAAGCGUUUCUUGUGAAAUGCCUAACAGGAGCAAAGACUCUACCUAUUGAUUUCUCCACCAAGGUGCAGCAGAGCAUGCAGUUCCCCUUUAAGAAGCUGAUGCGUGUGGAGGUGGUGGAUAAGACUCACCUGUGCCGGACGCGGGUGGCCCUGGUAGAGCAGGUGAUCGGCGGUCGACUUCGGCUCGUCUACGAGGAGUGCUCGGACGGCUCGGAUGACUUCUGGUGCCACAUGUACAGCCCACUGAUACACAGCAUCGGCUGGUCCCGCGGCAUCGGACACCGCUUCAAGAGAUCGGAUGUCUCAAAGAAACUUGAUGGCCAAGUAGAUGCCCCAGGACAGCUUUUUGUGAAGGUGAAGGAUGUUGACCAGAGCGGGGAGUGGUUUAAAGAUGGCAUGAAGCUGGAGGCUAUUGACCCUCUGAAUCUAUCAGCUAUUUGUAUUGCUACUGUUAGAAAGGUCUUGGCGGAUGGAUACCUCAUGAUCGGAAUUGAUGGUUCCGAGGCAGCUGAUGGCUCUGACUGGUUCUGCUAUCACUCCACCUCUCCCUCUAUCUUUCCUGCUGGAUUCUGUGAAAUCAACACAAUUGAACUCACCCCUCCACGUGGGUACACAAAACUCCCAUUCAGAUGGUUUGACUACCUCAGGGAAACGGGUUCAGUGGCAGCUCCGGUGAAGCUCUUUAACAAGGAGGUUCCAAACCAUGGGUUCCGCCCUGGCAUGAAGCUGGAGGCUGUGGACCUGAUGGAGCCCCGGCUGGUGUGUGUUGCCACAGUGACACGUAUUGUAUAUAGACUGCUGCGCAUCCAUUUUGACGGCUGGGAGGACGAGUAUGAUCAGUGGGUGGAUUGUGAAUCACCUGACCUCUACCCUGUGGGUUGGUGUCAGCUGACUGGCUACCAACUACAGCCACCAGCUGUGCUAGCCUCUAGAGAGCUCCCUCCGAGUGUGACAAAGCAGAAGAAGAAAUCCCAGCAGUACAAAGGCCAAAAGAAAAAGAGGAAGAUCCCCAUUGGCAAGCGGCCAGUGAGUUUGUCGGGGGUGGUAUUGAGUGGAGUGCCCCAGAGGAACCUAUCUGGAGACGAGAACAUGACCCCGCCAGACUACCCAUCUCCUCCCACGCCAGCAUCUGCCCCGGGGAACGCACAGCCUCCCUCGGCAGCCCAGGAACUCGGCCCCAACGGAAAGCCAGGGGUAACGCUGAAGGAGGAGGUUCAGGAGACGGACGAGUUCAACUUCCCGCAGGGCACAGCCUCUGACCUAGAGAACAACGGCUCCGGCUGCAGUUACUACAUCAAACAGGAGCCCUGAGUCUCCGUGGGGCACUGCUGCACCCACCACCGGAGGGCCAGCCUAAGGGCAAGAAGGAGCCUGUCCCACUCCCUCCCUCUCCACAGCACCAGAGACCAUGGGCCCUGGGUGGCAUCCCCACAACAUUAACAUGGAAGGUCACCAAGUGCUCCAAGCUGUGCCCAUAGAGAGAUUCAGGACAGAGCGGCUCAAAGACUAGUUCCAAACAGACAGCGCAAACGGGGAGAGUAGAAAAUAAAGGAAAAAAGAGGUGCGUAAAUGACAACUUUACGUUUCAGUUCAGUUUUUUGUACUUCAACAAAAAAAAGUUUUUGUACGACUUUUUCAAAUCCGAGAUCUUUUUGUGCAUCUCUCGUAUUCGUUACUUUGAGGUAGGGUAAUCUUUUGAUGGAUAAACUAUGUGAUGUUUGAGUGUAUAUAUAAUCAGAUUUUCCAAAAAACAGGGUGUAUGUACAGUUGAAGUCGGAAUUUUACAUACAGUGCCUUGCGAAAGUAUUCGGCCCCCUUGAACUUUGCGACCUUUUGCCACAUUUCAGGCUUCAAACAUAACGAUAUGA